AUGGUCCUGGACUCACCCUGGUUCUACUGCAGCGUGGCCGAGCGCAGGAGGCUGUUCGAGGAGGCAGGACCAGGACAGGAAGUGCUUUGGUCAUCGGAGAGGAAGGGGCGGAGUCAGAGGAGACCUGUCAGUGCGCUGCUGCAGCGCCGCCACAGUCCUGGAGAUGGAGUGAGUUUGACCCAGCAGGACCCUGUGGCCCCCCCGAGACCCCCUGUGGCCCCCUGCUCCUCUGUGUUCUAUCCUGGACGAGUGACGGCACCUCUGGCCCCUGCACUGCACACACACAGCCCUGACUCAGACUGUGAGAAUAUCCGGCCACCUCCAGGGGGCGCUGUGACCAGAGUCUUCCCUGACCACUGCUCUGCUCCACGGAAACUGAGUCCGGGACCAGGACCAGGACCAGAACCAGGACCAGGACCAGGACCGGCCUCAGUCCUGCAGAGAGAUUGUUUGCGUCGCUCAGAGCAUUCCACACUCGCUUCCCUGACUGAGUCUGAGACCAGCCUGGAUGCGGCCCUAGAUCCUGCUCCAGUCCAGGCCCAGGCCCAGGCCCAGGCCCCAGAGGUCCGGCUGGAGUAUGAGCCGGUGCCAGUGCGACGGCAGAGCCCAGAGGAGCAGAGGGUCUGGGACCUGGUGUCCACUCUGGUCCAGACGGACGGCUCUCUGGCGCCUCUGAUGGACGUGUGGGGGAAGUGCACAGUGGACGUACUGCAGGAAAUCUACCCGAACCAGCAACUAUUUACAGAACUGUACCAGGAAAAGAGAGACAACUGGAGCAAGGGGCCAGUCCAGGGGCCAGUCCAGGGGCACAGCCUGAAGGUGCAGCUGUGUUCCGCUCUGAGCAGCUGUAUAAUGCGGCUGCAGAAGGAGAAGAAGUCCCAGAGUGAAACGUUAGCGCUUCAUGCGGCGCAGCUUCAGCAGCUCGAGGUCGGAGUGAAGAGGCGCUGUGCAGGUGUUCUCUCCAAGUUCCAGGACCUCAUCGGCUUCAUCGACAGAUAA